GGGCAAACUGAACCUAGUGAAAAGUGAGGUCGGUUACGGAAGCCCAAACUUGUAGUUUGAGAAGAAAUCCCCCAAAUUUGAUUGCAAUUGAUCGGUCACAGCUCACAGGUGUUAAGAUUGUCGUGUGCAAUGAAUUUGGAGGCGGAGGGUUCUUCUACUUCAACGCCCAUAGCCUCCUCUAAUAUUGGUUUUCAGUUGCUGAAGAAGCACGGUUGGAAAGAAGGAACCGGCCUUGGUAUUUCUCAACAGGGCAGAUUGGAGCCUGUGCAGGCGUACUUAAAGAAAAACAAACGUGGGUUGGGAGCAGAGAUAAAGAAACCGCACAACACGGGGGAUAAAAAAGACGUGCCAUCUGAUAAAACUAGUGAUACGUUAUCUAAGAAAAGGAAAGCGAAAAUGUCGAAGAAGAUGAGGAAAGCUCAAGAAGUCGAGAAGAAGUUACAAGAGAAAGAAUUCGAGCGUGCAUUCUUUAGGGAGUUUUGGCCGGAUAACGUCUGAUGCAACAUUAUAUCUUGCUUGUAAGUCUUAUUGAUCUGGUAAAUAACCAAAAGUUGAAUCUGCAAAGCAGAGACCCGUGCAGAAUUUCACCCACUUGAAGGCGUAAAAAGGAGUAGCAUAUUUGGUAAACAACUCACGACAGGAGGCCAUUGUAAACACCCCAUCCCUACCCGGCUCCCAUACCCAACUAUCUUUGCCCGGACUCACAUUAAAGCCGCUAACAGACAUGUUGAUUUGAUCCAACUGAUGUUGUUCCCCACCAGUAACAGGUGCCCUUUUCCAGUCCCAACCCAUUAACCGCGCAGCCAUUGAUGCAUCAGAGGACUAUUCCCAGCCCAAACAUCCACCCAAAAACGAACAGAGGUACCAUCUUUCAGAGUGCCCUUAAAGAGAAGCCGGGGAUGCACAUUAUACUCGAUAUAUAUUAAAUAGAAAUUAUAUUCGUUUUCAAUAGAGUAAAAUGACACAAUCGUCCCUGACGUUUGGUCAUAUUUGUUUGUUUCAAAAUGAUUUUUUUUUGUGCAUUUGAGUCCUUCAUGUUUGCAUUUUAUUGUCAUUUUCAUCAUUGAUGUUUGGCAAUUUGUUACGGCUUUCACCCUCGAAAUUUGGCCCUUAGGGAUGAAAAUGACAAGAUUUCAAACUUUUUGAAUGAAAAACAAACCUU